AUGGUCAAAUCGACAACCUCAUUGCUCACUUUGGCCCUUUGCCAGCUUUUCCAUAUCAGCUGUGCUGCAGCUGCAUUAAAUGGAUCGGUUUAUCUUGACUCGACACGCUCUCCCGCAGAGCGAGCUGACGACCUCUUGCGCCUCAUGACAUGGGAGGAAAAGAUUUGCCAGCUCGGAGGAAUAAGACGACUUGCUGAGACCGUGAACGGCAAGGUGUCACACAACGCAACACUGUUCGAGGAGAUCCGCAAGACCCAGAAUGGGCAAAUUGGCUUCGGGGCACCCCAGAAUUACGCGCUUGAUCUGUUGCCCAUCGCCAACAAAGUCAGAGCCGAACAGAUCAACAAUACUAGACUGGGCAUUCCGUACAUCACAGUCGCAGACUCCGUCAGUGGUCUCAUGAUUUCCGGUGGCACGCUAUUCCCUGGUGCCCUUUCUAUGGGCUCAACCUGGAACAUCCCUCUCUAUGAGCAAGCCGUUGCUGCUAUUCGGGAUGAAAACGUAGCAAUGGGUACUCGUUGGGUCUUGUCACCAGAGGUUGACCUCGCUAAAGAUCCUAGAAAUGGCAGAAACGGCGAGAUGUUCGGUGAAGAUAGCUACCUCGUCGGCGAGUUUGCCACGCACUACAUCAACACGAUGCAGGAGAAAGAUGAGAACGGCUUCGUCAAAGUCGCAACGACAAUCAAGCACUGGGUUUACGGCUCCGGCAGUGGAGGCGUCAACACCGCUAGUAUCCAGAGUGGCCUGAACUAUAUCCUCAACGAAUACGGUGCUCCCUAUGUCAAGGCCUUCAGAGAGGCAAACCCCUUAUCGCUGAUGAUAUCAUACGCCAGCGUCGAUCAGAUCCCCAUGUCCAUGAACAAGUACCUGAACAGAAAGGUUCUUCGAGAGAUGCUUGGCUUCAAAGGUCUCAUCAUGUCUGACGCCGGUUCGAUACGCAAUAUGUACACCCAGUCAAAAGUCGCCAAGUCGUUUGCGGACGCCGGGCUAAAGGCUUUGCGGGGUGGGCUGGAGCACGAGCUUUCACCGAGACCGCCUUCUGUAUUCCCCACGCUCAUCAACUAUUCGAACGAUACCGAGGUCAUGGACCUUGUCGACAUCUCUGUUCGGGCGAUUCUUGAGAUCAAAUUUGCCACUGGAACCUUUGAUCUGCCUCUUCCCUCGGUCGAGAAUUUGAACGCGACUCUUCGCAGCGGAGAGCAUCUUGAAAUCAAUCGCAAAGUCUCACGCGAGGCAAUUGUGCUGCUUCAAAAUGAUGGUACGCUGCCUUUACAGCGCAGCAAAGUUUCCCAAGUUGCUCUGCUGGGACCCUAUGCCGACAUUCUCAACACUGGCCAAUAUGCCGCCAACAACGCCUCGGACCUGUCUUAUGGCGAUACGUUCCGUCGAAGUCUGGAGCGAGAAAUUGGUGCGGAAAACGUCAAGUAUGUUGCAGGAGUUGACAUCUUGCGCACGAAUGACAGCUCGGACAUCGAAACUGCUGUCAACGCAGCUAAGGAAGCGGGCCUUGCCGUUGUGGUUCUCGGGUCCGGCUGGGGGUCUUUUGACAACUCGUACGAGUCUCUUCACCGAACUGACGGUGAGGGCUUCAGUCAUCCGCACUUGGGUUUCCCUGGGUUGCAGCAGCAGCUUCUCGAUGCGGUGAUCAAUGCCGGCGUGCCAACUGUGUUGGUACUCAGCGGAGGGCAGACAUUCCUGCUGGACGAGUCCGCCAAGAGGGCCAAGGCUAUCAUCCACACUUGGCUCGCCGGAGAAUUCACAGCUGACGCCUUGGUCGAAAUUCUCUUUGGUAGUGUGAAUCCAAGUGGCAAGCUUACAAUCACUUUUCCGGAAGCCGACGGCGCGUUCCCCGUGGCCUACGAUUACUUCCCGUCCGAUGAUCAGGGUGGAUUUGGGACGGCGACGCAGUAUGAUUGGCACUUGCCAGAGCUGACACGUUAUGCUCCUUUGAGAUUUGGCUUCGGCUUGAGCUACACGACUUUCAAUAUUUCUUCCAUCUCUCUCCAAUGCCACUCAGUCGUUAACAACGGCACUGUCAGUGAGUGUGAUAAGAACAGCCAAGUCACUGUUUCUGCUACAGUCACGAACACGGGACCAAGAGAUGGUCAAGAGGUGGUGCAACUCUACUAUCGUCCAGAAUACAGCCAGAUCGAAUUUCCGGUCAUGAAGCUUAUUCGCUUUGAGAAGAUUGUAGUCGCAGCAGGCAGUUCGAGGAAGGUCAGCUUGAAUGUGCCUUAUGCGGAGCUGGGUUACUUCAUUGACGGGGAGUGGCAAGUCGAAACAGGGUUGUACAACUUCUGGAUUGGGAGCAGUUCGAGGACACAAGAUUUGCAGGGGGUGAAUGCGACUUUGGUGUAA